AUGGGCUUUCCUGCACGAGCAAAAUGGUACGCUCAGAGCACUAAUCUGUCUCUGCGCAUCCUCACAGGAAUCACUUCACUCAUUGCGCUCUGCGUCUUCGGAUGGGCAAACAGCAGUCACGACAUAACCGACUUGGGCUACUAUGACUUGGGCGGGCCCAUGCUCAGUCCAGUUAUAGCAGGCACCGGAUACACCCUUGCGUGGUCAAUUAUAGCGGUAUGCGUCGAGUUGCUAUCCCAUAAACCAAUCCAUCAUGGCGUAUAUGUUACCUUCGAUCUAUUCGCAUGGACCGGACUGGUUGCGACUAUAGUUAUGUACCUGCUGUGGAUGAUGCCAUAUCUCAGAGGUGUUGCGUAUGACUGCAAGGCAGGAUAUAGAGAUUGCAGUGGAAAGACCUUGGCAGAUAUUGAGUACUUUGGGACGGCGGUGGCUUUGGUUACCAUGAUUUUGUAUUUUUGGCUCUUUGUUCGGUCAUGCAUUUCUACUCACAAGCUGCGGAAGGAGGCGAGGCUUUCUAGAAAGGAGAGUAAUGAUUCUCGUGCCUAAAUGGCAAUGACAACGAGGGAAAUGAGGGAAUGAUGUACAGGGUUGAUUGACUGUUUACGAACCUUUGGCAGGC